ACAAGAAGGAAAUGUUAUAAACUUUGAAGAGAGUGAUUCUGCGCAGGGCGAUCAUGCCAGAGCACUUGGAGCUGAAGUUUGUUUUUGCUUCAAUUGAAAGGACUAUAAAAGCUAAGUUAAACAGAUAAGAGUGACACUUAUAUAUUGUGAGUAUUGCUUUUAAUGGCAUAGUGCUUGCACAGGACAGAUGGACUGGAAAGACUGGAUUCCUCACCAUGGAUAUAGGACAGAAACUUGAUCCUGUGUAGCCGGAGUAGCUUCAGAAAUCUAGACGUCACACUUUCUUAGACGUCAGUGUGGAACUACAGGGACCAUGGAAGCGCUCAGACAGUCUUUUCUGCAUUUAACCUUUCAGAUGUCGACGUACAAGAGGGCUACGCUGGACGAGGAGGACCUGGUGGACUCCACUGGGGAUGACAUCUAUCCCUCACACCCAAUGCAGGUGACUCUUCUUCCAGGCCGUGGUCCACGGUGUUGGUCCAAUAAGACAGAGAGAGAGAGGAAGCUACUGCUUUUAGUCUGUUUUUUAUCUGUGGGUUUGUUUAUAUCUCUCAUCACAACUGGGGUUUUCUACAAACAGACUCAUCCAGGCCGCUGCCUUUCAGAGCCAUGCAUUACUGUGGCCAGUACGGUCAUGGCAGCACUAGACCGAUCUGUGGACCCCUGCCAUGAUUUCUACAAUUUUGCAUGUGGAGGGUGGGUGAGGAACAACCCUCUUCCUGAGGGAAAGUCACGCUGGGGGCCUUUUAGCAACCUCUGGGAGCACAAUAUGCUCAUAAUGAAGCACUUACUAGAGAAUACCACAAUGAAAGAUUUGAAUAACGCUGAGGAAAAGGCCCAGCGAUAUUAUCAGGCCUGCAUGAAUGAAGCCAAGAUUGAGGAAUUAGGAGCUAAGCCGCUACAGGAGCUAAUCAGCCAGUUGGGAGGCUGGGCCCUGACUGAACAUUGGGACAAAGACAAUUUUCAGGAAGUAUUGAGAAUGGUGUCUGCUAACUUUCGUGCGUCACCAUUUUUUACAGUCUUUGUCAGCACAGACUCCAAAAACUCCAACAGCAACAUUAUCCAGGUGGAUCAGUCAAGCCUCGGACUUCCUUCGCGGGAUUACUACCUCAACAAAACCGCAAAUGAAAAGUACCUGACGGCAUACCUCGACUUCCUGGUGGAAUUAGGGGUUCUUCUGGGUGGCUCCAAAGAGACAUCUCAGACACUAAUGGAGGAGAUUGUGGAGUUUGAAACAACUCUGGCCAACAUCACAAUCCCUCAAGACGAGAGGAGGGACGAGGAGCUAAUCUACCACAAAAUGGAAGCCAAAAAUUUAACAACAUUGGCUCCUGCGGUGGAUUGGAUGCCAUACCUUACAGAAGUGUUUGCUCCGGUGCCACUCAAUGACUCUGAGCCUGUUGUUGUGUAUGCCAAAGAAUAUCUGGAGAAAGUGUCUGAUCUUAUAACACAAACAAAUAAAAGUCUCUUAAAUAACUACAUGAUAAUGAAGGUAGUGAGGAAGAUGGUGUCCAUUUUAGACCAAAGGUUUCAAGAUGCUGAGCAGCACUUCCUAGAAGUUAUGUAUGGAACCAAAAAGAGUUGUACCCCUCGCUGGAAGCUGUGUGUUAGUGAUACAGACAGCGCCCUUGGUUUUGCUCUUGGUGCCAUGUUUGUCAAAGCUACAUUUGCUGAGGACAGCAAGACCAUUGCUGAAAAUAUGGUUGGAGAAAUCAAAUGGGCAUUUGAGGAUAGCCUGAAAGACGUGAACUGGAUGGAUGCAGAAACUAAAAAAGCUGCAAAAGAAAAGGCAGAUGCAAUCUACAACAUGGUUGGAUACCCAGAGUUUAUAAUGAAUGCCACAAAGCUGGACAAGGUGUUCAAUGAUUUUGAAGUGGUGUCUGAUCUUUACUUCCAAAACGUUAUGCAAUACUACAACUUCUCAGGCAGAGUGACAGCUGACCAGUUAAGGAAAGCCCCCAACAGAAACCAAUGGAGCAUGACCCCUCCAACUGUGAAUGCAUACUACAAUCCUACAAAGAAUGAGAUGGUUUUGCCUGCAGGGAUUCUUCAGGCACCUUUCUACAGCCGAACAUGGCCUAAAGCUUUAAACUUUGGAGGAAUUGGAGUUGUGAUGGGACAUGAGCUUACUCAUGCUUUUGAUGACCAAGGCCGUGAAUAUGAUAAAGAUGGAAACCUGCGUUCUUGGUGGAAAAACUCAUCUGUAGAGGCUUUUAAGAAGCAGGCCCAGUGUAUGGUGGAGCAAUAUGGAAACUACAGCAUCAAUAAUGAGCCACUCAAUGGCCGACACACAUUAGGAGAGAACAUUGCAGACAAUGGUGGACUUAAAUCUGCUUACAAAGCUUAUGUAAAAUGGAUUGAAAAACAUGGUGAAGAGCCUACUCUACCAGCCCUUGGGAUGACAAACCAUCAACUGUUUUUUGUAGGAUUUGCCCAGGUAUGGUGCUCGGUCAGGACACCAGAAAGUUCACAUGAAGGAGUGAUCACAGACCCUCACAGUCCAUCUAGAUUUAGAGUUAUUGGGACUAUUUCAAAUUCACCAGAAUUUUCAAAGCACUUUGACUGCAAAGCUGAUGCACCGAUGAACCCUAAACACAAGUGUGAGCUUUGGUGAUGCUGCUUAAUGGUUUGUUGGUAAGGGAAUGAAAAGAACAUUUGAGACAAAGUCAUGCAGACAAUUUGCUCUUCACUGAAAACUUGUGUACCACUGAAAAGUCUUCAGCCUUACCACAUGAUUUACAUUAUAACACACUUUGCUUGUUCUGUUCAGUAGACUGCAGUUCAUAUGUUUUGCCUAUUAUCUUGGGUGGAUUCUUCAACUUCUAUUUUAAAUGCUUUACACACUGGAAUUGGCACUGGAAGACUGCAUUUUAUUUCAGCGUGAGAGAACCACUGAUGGAUGCCACUGCUUGUCUGUGACGUAGUGAUAUACAAAUCAUACUGUGUAUAGUCUUUUUUUGUCACUGUGCUAUAUUUCUUAACAUAUUUUACCGUUAAUAUUGUUUAUGGUGAUAUAGCCCGACUAUUUUAAAUUGUGUUUUAGGGACCAAAACAUGUUCUUGGUUGAAUGUCAAAUAGGGGCACUUUAUACGCUGUUUAUUCAAAAUGUCUUACGUUACAUCAGCUUUUCAAGCCAAUUUAUCUUCGCUAAUGUUUUUGUUUUUUGGGUUUUUUUUGUUACAGAUGUCUUGAUUUUGAGUUGUGAAUUCACCUAGUUGCAUUUAUUGCAUAUGUGCAGUAAAUUUUUGCGAAUUUGUAAUAAAUUAUUUUUGUAUAGUAAAACAAGUUUAAGAUA